CGAAUUCCCGUUUUUUCACAUUGCUAACCAAGAAAAAAUAGUAUCUAUUUUUUAUUUUUCCAUUUAAAGGCCCUAUUUUGUAGGAGUGCCAAACGCAGCCCUAAUUCGAGAGAAUUCUGAUGGGCAGUAUUUUCGUGGCCGGGAGGGAGGCGUCGUAAUUUUGCUUCUAUUGCUUUCCCUCUUCUCCAAGGAACUUGCCAAACUAACUUCUUUCUUUCUUUCUCCAAAUAAUAUUAAAAAAAAUAAAAUCAUUUCUUUGUUUAAUUUAAUUUCCACUCUCACCACUGCUGAAUUAAAGCUGAGAUCAACAGGUUGAUCCGUAUUUGGUUCUAGUUAAAUAAAGUUGAUAGAGAACAAAUGGUUGACGAAUUGAAGCAAGGAGAAAAUUCAUGGGUGGACAUUAAUGAGCAGUCAAAUAGAGUAUUUGAUGUUGAUAAUAAUGUUUCCUUGAUGUCUGAAUCGGUAAUUAUCAUUGAUGGGGCUGACCCCUUACAUCCUCAGCAGCCUCCACCUCAGGGUCCUAGCCCCUCCUCGGAUGGCCAAUUGGGAUUUUCUGAACGAGCCGUCUCAGCAGCUGGUGCAGCAUUUCUCUCUGCAGUCCUUGUUAAUCCACUUGAUGUUGUCAAGACUAGAUUGCAAGCACAGGCAGCUGGAGUUGCUUAUUCACACCCAAUGAGUAACAUGACUAGCCGCAUGGCAGUUUUUGGACCAAAUAUGAUGUUUGCAGAUCUGAGGUGUUCACCUUCAUGUACCCGAGCUGGCGUUCAUGGUACAGUAGCAAUCUGCCCCCCUGAUUGUUUCCAAUACAAAGGAGCACUUGAUGUCUUCUACAAAAUUAUUCGGCAGGAGGGUAUUUCUAGGCUAUGGAGAGGCACAAAUGCUGGUCUAGCACUGGCCGUACCAACAGUUGGAAUUUACUUGCCUUGCUAUGACAUUUUUCGCAACAAGUUAGAGGAGUUCACAGCUCAACAUGCCCCAAGCUUGACACCAUAUGCUCCUUUAUUGGCUGGUUCUCUGGCACGGUCUUUGGCUUGCACAAGUUGCUAUCCUAUUGAACUUGCCAAAACACGAAUGCAGGCAUUUAAGGAUAUGAACAAGAAGCCUGCUGGAGUCUGGAAGACCUUGUUUGAGGUUAUUGCCAAUGUCAGAAGCACAAAUGGUACUAACUAUGGCUUACAAAGCUAUCGUGUACUAUGGACUGGACUUGGGGCACAGCUUGCUCGUGACGUCCCUUUUUCUGCAAUUUGUUGGUCAACUCUUGAACCUGUAAGAAGGCGGCUUCUUAGUCUGAUGGGAGAUGAAGCUAAUGUUGCCGGUGUCCUAGGUGCAAACUUUUCUGCAGGUUUUGUUGCAGGAAGCAUUGCUGCUGCUGCAACAUGUCCCCUUGAUGUUGCUAAGACUAGAAGGCAGAUUGAGAUUGACCCUGCCAGGGCAUUGACAAUGACGACAAGGCGAACUCUACUUGAGAUUUGGAGGGAUGGAGGGCUCAAGGGACUGUUUACUGGAGUAGGUCCUCGUGUUGGUCGUGCUGGCCCUUCAGUUGGAAUUGUGAUUUCAUUUUAUGAAGUUGUCAAAUAUAUGUUACACCACCAAUAUGCUUCUUCAUAAGGAGUUUAGUCAGGUUAAUUAGGUUUCUUCUUUCCAAUGUCUCGGAUCGGGUUUUUAGCUGAGUUGGGCCACGAUGGGACACUGGAGUAGCACAUAUGUUGUGCUCUAAUGUGGAUACGGUGCAUGCAAAGAGCAGUUUUGACCAAGGUAGAUUACCCUCACAGGUUAGCUUGUAGAGAAUAAUCCCCACUCUUCUUUGCUUUCCAGCCAAUUUUGGUUGGUUUUUUGGCAGAAUUGUCUUUGGACUAGAAGAGAUUUUGAUAUACUCAUGUUGCAUCAAUGAGCAGUUUUUCCUGAGAUGUUCUCAGUUAUCAUCAUUAGAAUAUUCAAUUUCUUUAUUUCUUCUCGACUGCUCUGGGGAUCUGAGCUAAAAUAUCGAUGUGGAACGAUUUUUAUCGAUGCUAUUUUGCAUUAUCAUAAAAUAUUGUCUUAUUCGUCUAA